AGGUGCAGAACGGAUCAGCCCGUCUCAUGUUGGAUGCCACGACUCACAAGAAGUUGGUUCGUGUCGUUGACGUAGUCCUCUUGAGACUCUACUCGUCUCAAAAGAAGGAUCGUUUGCUGAUUGAAGUGGCGGAGCAGUAUCCCGAUGGUCGAAGGAGGAGUGCAACCCGACUGCCUGGCAGUAAGAAGCUCCCUCACGAGAACAGCCAGGAGACGGCCAUCCGCAUCAUGAAGGAUCUUCUGGGAAUGAGCGCUGCUGGUGCGCACUUUGUUUUCGAAGACAAAGAAGUUUACGAAGAGGAGAUGGAUUCUCCUUCCUUUCCUGGGGUCAGGACUGUCUACAGGAAGGAGAUCCUUGAAGGGUGCCUGAAGGAAACAAAUGAGAAGGAGGCUUUGGCACGAAUUGGUCUUCCCGACUUCUGCACCUGGAGCACGGAGGACUGCAAGAGCAACACCAAGUUCUUUGCCUGGAUGACUGAGCAAGAAGCCAACAAGAACAAGGUGAAGCUCAAGGCCGAAGGCAGCGAGGAGGUCUCUGGCCUUGUGAUGCCUCCCGUGGGAAUGAGCGAAAAGGACCUCAUCGAACACCUCCAUGGCCGCAAUGUGGAUCUCAGUGGCUUUGGCAAGGGUAUGGCCAAGUCUCUCAAAGAAUUCAGCCGUGAGCUGAUGCAUGGCGAGUCUUCCCUUCUCAUCGAUGCUGCGGGCAAGGUGGUGCGGGUGGUUGACCAGGUGUGCCUUGUGAUGGUAAGCCCAUCUGACAAGAUCAUGGUAGAGGCGGCAUAUGCAGCUCCGGAUGGCUCAAAGCAGUGGCUGAAGCGUUUACCGGUGGCGAAAGCUCGGCCUGAUGAGAGCCAGUUUGUCACCGCACGUCGGUUGCUGCAAAAGCAGAUCCGAAUAGACGCGAACCAGGUGAGAUUGGAUCCAGCAAAGACGAAGAUAUUGGAAGAGUGCGGAGAAUGCUCUAGAAUACCUGGGAUGCUCACGGUCCACAGGCGUCGCUUGAUCGAGGCGACCGUCAUGUGACCGCGGGCAGCCUGGAUGCAUUGGAUGUUCUCGGGGUUUGUUCAAGUAUAGAUGUGUGAAUUUGUGACUGAAGCAGUAUCAUUGAUGAUGCAUUAGUCAUGUGUAUUCUUGGUGUUGUUUCAUCGCACACUAUUUUCAUGGACAUGUAGCGACAGGUGUCAAAAGUAGUAUGGUUGAAAUCCGGGUCAGGGCUGCAGGGUUUCUGCUCACUGAGAGCGCGAUGCGAAUUGGUUUUACAGCACCUGCGGGUUUCACUGUCUCACCUGGUUCGAGCGGAGCAGGUUAGACCCUCGCUGCAGGUCUUCC